AUGUUUCCAACCAGAAACGUCCAAUUAGUUCAUGGAACUAAUGAACGAGUUGUCGAUAUAGAAUACCCCGACCUUUUCCCUUCAACUUUACCAGAGACUUUUAAUGUGUUUCAGACAGAAAUCCCACGCCGGUCACUUACUGCAGUGUCACUUAAAUAUUUGGAAUGUGCAAAAAGAGAGUUUCAAGCGAAUGGAGUCGACUUAAAAGUCCAACUGAUGAAUACAUUUGACAAUGCCCCUCAAGAUACAGUCUAUGAAGUCUUAUCAUAUUGGUCCCGGAAGCCCAAGAAUUAUUCAUUCUGUGAGAUCCAAAACUACUACCAGUUUCCCGUCAAGUCAUUGAAUGAGAUCACUGCUCUUUCUCAAUUGUUACAAAUCGACUUUUUACAUCGGAAAUAUACCAAUUUGUCCAACACAGAAAAGUGUAUAGUGAGAGUUGCCUGUGUUCUCUUACGACAUCCAAAAGUCAUUAGUUUUCAAUAUUUAAAUUAUUCAUGUAGUGAGAUAAUCACAGGACUCAAUUUGAUAUCAAAAUUUGUGCCAGUCGUUCUCUUUUUUUCUGAUUACAAUCACGACGUCUCAUUCUGUUCAAACUAUUUUUCCACACUUCCUGUGGACGUGGAGAAAGGCCUUCAACCUUCAAAAUUUAAAGUGUUCAGAACAACAAAGAAGAAGAUCUUCACGAGAAAACUUGAUAAAGUCAAGUAUUGUAUUACUCAAUUGUUCUCAUUAAGUGCUUUGUGGGCACUCUUCUCAAGUUUUUCGUAUGAGUGGUCGAUGCAAUUCAUACACACGGCUUCACGUAAAUAUCGGACGGCGUGGCGGCAUCCUGUGAAUAUCAUAUUACACGCUUUACAAUACUUAUUAGGUGGAAUUAUUAUCGGCUCGGUCUUCUUCAGAAUCGACUUCAAUCAGACAAACUUAAACAUCCGAUUCAACGUCUUGUUCUUCGCAACAAUAUCAAAGACAUUAUUCACUAUCGACCAAGCAAUUGCUUCGGUAUAUAACAUGCGAAGUAUUAGAAAAGAGAAUAAGACACAUAAGGUCUAUGCCUCGGCUUAUAUAUUAGCCGAUUAUGUCUACAACUUCCCUUCAAUGCUCAUCAACCCGACACUCUAUGACGUCAUCUUUUAUCCCCUCGCAGACUUCAAGCCGAGCGUUUCUCGGUGGUUUUACUAUUACUUUACUUCACUGUUAUCUACUCAAUUAAAUAACGCUAUGAGCGCAUUCAUUGGGUAUAUCUUCGACGGUCUCAAAAUAGCAACUUUACUUGAGAUGGCGACACUCUUCUUCUUAUUCAUCUUCUCGGGAACAUUCAAGAACUCGACUAAUCUACGGGGGUGGGACAGAUGGUUGUAUACAAUCAGUUUUUAUAGACUCUCUCAUAACGCUUUCUCGACUAUUUACUUCAAAGGAGUCGACUUGCCGUGCGACUAUGAGGACUUAAAAUUAAACAACUGCUUAUAUCAAAACGGCGAUGACUUAUUACUUAAGAAGGGAAUUAACACGUCAUUAACUCGAAACAUCUUAUUUCUUCUUUUCUAUAUCGUCAUACUCAGAUCCGCUGCCGUCGUCUUAAUUAAAUUCCACCUCUUCUGGGACGAGUUUAAUAUUAAUCUCCACAAACUCCCAUUUCUCUGUGGUAUUUUCACUCACAACAGAAGAAUUAAAUGGUUUUCUUAG